GGACGAGGCCCAGGAUGGACAUGUCACCCAGGGAGUGGGAGGGGAGGUUAAAAUGAUUCGUGACCAAACCAUGAUUUUGUCAUCUGUUGCGAACAGAGCGCAGAUGCUCCACAAAACAGUCUCCAAAUCUGCGUUUGGUCUCACCGAUGUAGAGGAGGCCACAUCGGGAGCGGCGAAUGCAAUAGACCAAGUUGACGGAUGUGCAGGUGGGCCAAUGGAGCCUCUCAUUUGCCUGUGGAAUGUUCUGGAGAUGUUGUGCCUCAUCGUCUCUGCUGGUGGCCACUCCUUUUUGCCCUGUCCAUCUCAUGGUGCUGCCUCAUACUCACUGACGUUUGAAGGCAAAUGGAAGCCUAGUGCCUUCCCCAAACAGUACCCAAUGUACAGACCUCCUGCGCAGUGGUCCCCCCUCAUAGCCGUCACUCACAAUGAUGACUACCAUCUCUGGCAGUUGGAUUCGCUGGCCAGUGCUGGAGUACGGGAAUAUGCUGAGAAAGGAACUCACACUAUACUUGCACAGGAAGUGGAAGAAACCAAAAGCAAGAUGCACAGUAUCGCUGGACUCUUCAAGGGACCAGCUAUUCCAAGUGGAAUAGGACAGAGGUUAAUGAAAGUUACAGUCUACCCAACACAUCCACUGCUAUCCUUCAUGGUUCGCAUAGUGCCUAGCCCUGACUGGUUUGUCGGUGGUGACAGCAUCAUUCUAUGUGAGGCGAAUCACUGGAAGGAGUUUGUCACCCUUGACCUUUACCCUUAUGAUGCUGGGACAGACAGUGGCUUCGCUUUUUCUUCGCCUAAUUUUGCAACGGUUCCCCAGGACAAAAUAACGCAGAUAACCUCGAGUUUUCCCAAUCAUGGCGCUAAUUCGUUCUACUACCCUCGACUCAGACACCUUCCACCGAUGGCAACAGUCACACUACAAAAGUUAAAGGAUCAGCAGUCAGUGAAUGAACACACUGGCAACUUAAAUUCCACACCUCAUGGCGGGGAAAUGGAGAGUGUUUUGGAAACGCCUCUGGAUUGCAAAGUUUCCAGCUGGUCUUCCUGGGGUUUGUGCAACGGAGAUUGCACUCAGUUUGGGACCAGAAGUAGGACACGGUUUAUUCACACAUGGCCUUCCAGCAGUGGGACCCCAUGCCCAGACCUGGAGCAGAAGAGGAAAUGUAUCCCCAGGAACUGCUUUUGACGAUAUCGCUAGAUGUGUGGCUUGCAUAAUUGCUGAUACAAGUUUUGGUCUUCAAGGUCAAAGUUAAGAGCCUGUACUGGUGACUAAUG